AUUUCUUUAAUUAUCAUACAUCAAAUUAAACUUCAAUAUGUGUACUUUACGAUUAUGAUAAUAUUCUAUAGUUUUAAGUGCGAAAUUGAGUUUAAUUUCAACUUUGAAAUAUUGUUGUCACGAGCAAAAUGGCUUCUUUGAAGUUCGGGGCUGAUUUUAAUGAUUUGUUUAUGUCUGUAUAGUGAAUUUAAUCGUUAAAAUUGAAUGUUGAGUUUUUCAUAAACAUAUGCCAAAAUGCAUUUUUCAAAUAGAAAUACAUUAAGAUGAUCUAAGAUUCCCAAAUAGUAUCGACGUGAUACGCAGGUUUAUUCAUUAUUGUUAUGGGCAUUUGGUUUGAUUUUAACAAAAAUUAUUUACCCAUUAUUCGUUGGUAUUAAAUUAUUGAUUUUCCAUAUUUAAGCUGUAGCCAGGCUUGGAGUUUAUAUGGUUUAGUUUGUUGAUUGCGUUCGAAGCUUAAUAUAAAUUGUAAGUACUGCUGUAAGUUUCUAAAUCGGAUCGGUAAUUAACGUUUGCCGGACCGGAGCAGUGGAUAAACGGCCUUAGAACAAACGUCAUAAAUAAGGCUCACCGAGUCAAAUUGAUAAUUCUGAAUACCAUGGGGAUGGUGAGCCCACCCAUGCUGGAAGCCGUAGUCGUGGUCGUGGAGGUCGUGUAGGACGCGGUGGCCGUGGCAGUCGUGGAGACCGCGGGGGACGUGGAAACAGUGGAGAAACGGUGUAUGAAACAAGGAGUGACCUAGAUGUAGUACGCGCUCAAAGGCAAGUCGCGAAGAGACGUGUUGCGGCAUUGUCAGCAGAAGCUCGCAAGGAGCUUCUGAGCCGCAUGCGUGAGGAACAAUUGACACGAGUACUUUUGCCUGACGCGCCACCGCGGAAGGGACCCGUACAAAGACCAUCGCCGGUUCGCGAGUCGUGCGAAUUAAUCGACAGCGAAUCUGGUAACGAUUCAAAUAUAAUUGUUAGUUUAGAAAAUAGGCAAAUGGCACCACCACCUACACAGGAUAACACUGGUGAUGUCCACAUUCGUUCUGAUAUAGAACCAGAGACAGAGGUUGAAAUUUCUGUGGCGCCUUCCACAAGUAAACAGCAUACAUUUAUUGGGGUCAGCGACAAAAAUUUGACAGCACAGACAAUUGAGGAAUGGAUGACUGAUGACUUAAGUGACUGUGACAUCGAAAUAGAAGAUGAGAUAUGUCCUUUAAUUUUACCAUCUCGUAAUGCUUUGACAGAGCCGGCUAUUCUCAAUGACUUGACGCCUUACGAAGCUGGAAUACUGGAGACAGAAGACCAGCAGAACGAUCUCGUUUUGAGAGACUUUGUGCCAAGUGACUGUUUUGAUUUUAAUUGGACAAGAGACCGACAGAUUUUUACAGGACAAAGAGAGACUUUUACUGGGACUGGAGGACCGACUUUUAGAAUUUCAGACACGACACGUAUUAUCGACAUUUUUUACAAGAUGAUUGAUAAUGACUUUAUCGACAAACUUUGUACGGAGACCAAUCGAUACGCCAACCAAAAAAUAAAAUCAUUAAAAAAAGAAAACAAGUUUCUUCCAACUUCGCGGCUUUAUCGUUGGUCGCCGACUGAUAGGGACGAAAUGGUCAGUUUUUUAGCAGUUAUCAUAUUACAAGGCCUAUUCCCUCUACCGGAGGAGGAAUCCUACUUCGUGUUCAAUAGUUUCGGCACUAUGCCAUAUUUUCGUAGAAUCAUGACCUACAACAGGUAUAUUUUGAUUAAAUCAAUGCUCCAUUUUGUGGACAAUGAGACAAUGAAGAAACCGACUGCACUCUUUAAAAUUCAGCCGAUAAUUGACUAUUUUAACGACAAAUUUUCCAGUUUAUACUAUCCUUCACAAGAGAUAGUCAUUGACGAAUCCCUUCUGAAGUGGCAUGGGAGACUAGGCUUUGCUCAGAAGAUUUUGUCGAAGGCUGCAAAAGUAGGUGUCAAAACUUACGAGUUGUGCGAGUCUUCCAGUGGCUAUCUCUGGAAGUUUUUUGUAUAUGUUGGAAAAGAAAAGACUAGGACUGUUACUACAAAUGACGUCAGACCUGAUGAGGAUCAAACCGCUGACAAACCAUCGGCAUCGAAUGAAAAGGACAAUAACCGUCCCAACAACAUAGACGAUACAAACGACAAAACUGACGACGCUGAAAUUACUGACCAAACAUCGACUGGAAAUAUAAAUAACCGUCCCAGCAAUGCUACCUCUAAAAUUGUAUACGACUUGGUAGAGCCUUUACUUCACCGUGGACAUACAUUAAUAAUGGACAAUUUUUACAAUUGCCCAUUAUUAGCGCGAUGUUUAAAACGACAAAAUACUGACUGCUACGGAACCCUAAGGCUGAAUCGGGAAUUUGUCCCCGAUUUAUUAAAGACUUUGACGAAAACGGAACUUCGACAGGGUGAAGUAGUUGCUACCUACUGUUCCGAUUUGUCGAUAUGUGUAUGGCGAGAUGCAAACAUAGUUAGCUUGAUCUCGACAUACCAUUACCUCCAAAUCGGAUCUCGACAAAAACACAAUCGACUGACAUUUAAGCCAAGUAUUGUCCUAGACUACAAUAAAACCAUGGGAGGCGUGGACAGGAAAGAUCAAUUCCUGUCUGCUCAUCCCGUAGAACGUACAAAAAACAAAAUAUGGUACAAAAAGCUUUUCCGUCGCAUGUUAAAUGCUGCCUUAUUCAACAGCUUUGUCAUUUUUAAAUCGGCGAAUCCCAAGAUUUCCCAUAGGCAGUUUAGGACAAUUCUGGCGGAGGACUUAUUAAAAAUACACCGACACAUUGACCUGACUACGGAACCCCGACUUAUAGCAUCUAGAGCCGGACUGACACUGACGAAGCGACCAAGACCAACAACGAUCAAUAGACCUCGACUAGAACAACGACACUUCCCUGUGAGAAAUGGGCACAAAAAAGCUCGCUGUUGGAUGUGCGCCCAGCGAAAGGUCGCUGCCAGAACAAUAUGGAAGUGUCUUGAAUGCAAUAUUAACCUUUGCAUUGAAGGUUGCUUUAUGGAGUAUCAUAUAUAACUUUUUAAAUUUUUAUUUUUUAACUGUUUUAAUUAUUUUAUAAUUUACUAAAU